AAAACCUGGAAGACAAUCGAUUAUCAACUAAUUUCAAUACAAGUCGGAUUUGAUGUUAUUAGUGGUAGUAGUGGUGAGUACAAAUAUUGUUUAUUAAUUCAUAAUGUUUUAAAAAUUCAGGCAUUCUCUACUUUCUUACUUCUAUAUUCACUUUACUGUAUUCAGAAAUAAUUCCUUCUGAAGUUUCAUUUUUGAUAGCACUUGUUUCUUCCACCUUCUCAGAAUUGAGAAUUGCGUUCGCCGCAAUCAUUUCUAUAGAAAGAACAAUGGCCAAAUGUGCUCCAAUUUCUUUCUACAUUUAUCGAAAAAAAAUUCCCCAACAUUCUGAUUUUUACAUUUAUUCUGUUUUAUGGUAUUCUGAUUAUCGCAGUUGUCUUUGGAUUUUGUGGAUUACGAUUUCCCCUUAAAGCAGGAUGCAUCAGUUUCAAUUGUGCCACCCCUCAGUGCAGUUGGGUAUUUUGACUUUAAAUCCAAUUUUCCAAAUAUCAGAAUAUUUUCAUCAACUUCAGAACUUUCAAGCCAUUCCGAGGAUCUCCUUUUGUUCAAUCAUCGUAUGUUUCUCUGCGACCCUUUGCUCCAAAUUGUGUUGGUUAUCUAUUAAAAAAAGAACAGAAACAAUGGACCUUCGUAGAGUUAACUUAAUGGCUUUGACGGAUGGUCUUUCAACACUGUCUUUUGAUUUGAUACCAUCUCUAAUCUUCCAUUUUGGUCUAUUUGAUGUUACAGUAAUUCUAGAAAAUAGAAGACUUGUAAGCAACUUCUUGUUUCAGAAUAGCGGUCCAAGAAUGGGUGCAAUCCGUCCAAUUGGUAGAUUGUUGGAAGCAUUUGUAAUGACGAAAUUGAUGAAGAAGAAAACGUACACAGUGCAGCCGACAAAAUUCUGA